UGUGAUCUGCUGUGCUAGAUAGAUAGUUUUACUGUAGGGAGUGGUGUUCCCGGGUGGAGAGUGCUCUAUUUAAUUCCACCAACUUCCCGCCAUCGACGAACAACCCCAAUCAGCUGUAGCCUGUUGACCAUUUACAACCACUUAAAUACUAUCAUCCAUCUUCCUCUCCUCUCAACCUACAUACUCACCAUGCCAGCACCACAAACGGUCCCAUGUCAAUACAAAACAGGCCGAACGCUUGGUCAAGGCACAUAUGCGGUCGUCAAAGAAGCUGUUCACAUCUCCACAGGCAAAUAUUAUGCCUGCAAGGUCAUCAACAAGAGAUUGAUGGAGGGAAGAGAACACAUGGUCCGGAACGAAAUCAAUGUACUCAAAAAGAUCUCUGCUGGCCACCCGAACAUUGUUACUCUUCAUGACUACUUCGAAACUCUCAAUAACCUAUAUCUUGUCACUGAUCUAUGUCAAGGUGGCGAGCUAUUUGACCGAAUUUGUGCUAAGGGUCAAUACUACGAACGUGAUGCACGUCAUCUGGUCAAAGUCGUACUAAAUGCAGUUGAUUAUCUUCAUUCUCAUGGUAUCGUUCACCGGGACCUCAAGCCCGAGAAUUUACUGUUCCGCGGUCCCGAGGAUGACUCAGAUUUGUUGAUAGCUGAUUUCGGCUUAUCUCGAGUGAUCGAUGAUUCGAAAUUCAAUGCACUGACCACCACAUGUGGUACCCCAGGAUACAUGGCUCCAGAAAUAUUCAAGAAGAGCGGACACGGCAAGCCAGUUGACAUAUGGGCUAUCGGUGUAAUCACAUACUUUUUGCUUUGUGGUUAUACUCCGUUCGAUAAGGACGAUAGCAUUGCAGAAAUUCGAGCGAUCUGUGAUGCAGCCUACAAAUUUGAACCUGCCGAAUACUGGAAGAAUGUUUCUAACGUUGCAAGAGAUUUCAUUUCGAAAUGUUUAACGGUUUCUGCUGAAGAACGGUUAACUUCCCGCACUGCCUUAGAGCACCCCUGGUUUGUGUCCGAUGUUGAACCGGGUGUGAUUGAUCCGAGCAGUGAGAAGGGCGAAACCCAGAAUCUACUUCCUCAUCUCAAGCGACAAUUCGAUGCCAAAAAGACUUUCCGGAAAGCAAUUGCAACUGUUCGAGCCUCAAAUCGAUUUAGACAAUCUACUGGGCUGCCGGGAUCUACUAAUCCUGAAGUAGACGAAUUAAUGAAGGUUGUGGAAGCUGGUCAGGCUGAUGCAGCGGCGGAAUCUGAAACAGUUAAUGAGGUCCUCGCAACUUGA